AUGCAACCACGCCUGCGCUACGACGAUGUCGCCUGGGAGAAAAGCGAAGCCAUCGUUGAUGGAUGGAUUCGUCAGUUUCUUGAAGCCGAGGUCUUACGAACGGUUGGCACAUUCUUGGUCAGACACCAUCGUCCCGGCGAUGCUGUCGAAUUCAGUUUCCUGGAGAAAGGCGCAUACAACGUCUGUUUCCAGAUGAAGUACAAGCAUGCAAACACUGCCGUAAUCCGAUUCCCCCAGCCAGGUGCCGCCAUCUUUCCUGAAGAGAAGGUCCGGAAUGAGGUCGCUACCAUGCGAUACAUUGGCGACCAGACUUCAAUCCCUCGCAAUGAUGCAAUCGACUCAGCCGAAGACUGUCGGCGCAAGCUUGUUGCUCGAUAUCUUUUCUGCAAACUCGCCCGAGAACAUCGUUUAACAGAACGGUUGGCAUCCUUUGAUAAAGGCCCGUUCAAACUGUGGUGCGACGACUUCCGCCCAGCUAACAUCCUCAUGAACGAGGAGCUGAAAAUUGUCGGGGUUGUAGACUGGGAAUUCGCAUAUGCGGCCCCAGUCGAAUUCUCCUUUGGGCCACCUUGGUGGCUUUUGAUUGAAAAGCCUGAAUACUGGCCUCGAGGGCUUGACGACUAG